CCGUGCGUGUGCGUGUGCGAAUACGCGCGCGUCCGUUCGGCGCUGUGGAGCUGCACGGUUUCAGGUGCGGCUCGUGAAGGUUACGGGGACGCGCAGACGGCUGUCACAGGAACUCUUCUAAUGUCACAACAGUAAGCCCUUGUCUUGGAGCGCCUUCACCCCAGAACCAUGUGUCAUCUCACGCCUCUCCUGCUCGCUCUGUCCCUCGCACUCUCCUCCAGUCCUGCAUAUGGUGACGCAGCUGGCAUCUUUGACGAUUCCUCAGGCUAUGGACCUGUGUUUGAGGAGCAGCCCUUUGACACCAUCUACCCUGAGGAGUCUCAAGAGGACAAGAUAAUCAUGAGUUGCCGAGCACGAGCCAGCCCACCUGCCACAUACGAGUGGAGGCUGAAUGGCUUGGACAUUGAGAACCUGGAGGAGGGUAACACAGACUACAGCCUGAUGGGGGGAAAUCUGGUCAUCAGCAGACCUGAUAAGACCAGUCAUGCUGGGAAUUACUCCUGCCUGGCCACAAACGAGUUCGGCACCGUCAUCAGUCAAGAGGCAUCUCUCCAGUUUGGAUAUUUAGAUAUGUUUUCCACAGAGGAAAGAGAAGCCGUGCGUGUGAAGGAAGGUCAGGGAGUGGUGCUGUUAUGUGCUCCUCCUCCGCAUUCCCCAGAUGAUCUUACCUUCCGCUGGAUGCUCAAUGAAUUUCCCAUCUUCAUCCCGCUGGAUAAGAGACGCUUCGUCUCUCAGACCACAGGAAAUCUGUAUAUUGCUAAAGUAGAGGCUUCUGACAGCGGGAACUACUCCUGCUUCGUCUCCAGCUUAUCUAUCGCUAAGAGUGUCUUCAGCAAGUUUAUCCCUUUAGUCCCACAGACUGAGCGUUCUAUUCGGAAAUACGCAGCCGAUAUAAAAGUGCAGUUUCCAGACACGUAUGCUCUUGUCGGCCAGAACAUCACCCUGGAGUGUUUCGCAUUAGGAAAUCCCAUUCCUCAGAUCAAAUGGAGGAAGGUGGACGGAGCGCUGCCUGUCCAUCAUGAGAUCAGCAUGGCAGGUGGACUUCUGCGCCUCUUUAACGUGCAGUAUGAGGAUGAGGGAGUAUACGAGUGUGAGGCACUCAACUCUAAAGGCAAAGACUGGCACAAAGCAAACCUCUAUGUGGAAGCUGCUCCGGAAUGGGUGGAGCAAAUCAGCAGCAGUGAGAGGAACAUCGGCAGUGACUAUACCAUGUCCUGCAUAGCCAGUGGAAAACCCAAACCUCAUGUGUACUUCUUGAAAGAUGGCCAAAUGCAUGACAUGCAUGAGUUGCGCUUCACAGACCUGACAUCUGAUGACUCAGGGAUGUAUCAGUGCAUUGCUGAGAACCGCCAUGGAGUGAUCCACGCCAACGCUGAAUUGCGAGUCUUUGAGGGCGCUCCUUCAUUUGAGUUCAACCCGGUUAAGCAGAGACUGCUUGCAGCAAAGAAUGGCCGUAUUGUGAUUGAGUGCAAACCAAAAGCAGCACCCAGACCCACGUUUUCCUGGAGCAAAGGCACAGAGCUGCUGUCCAAUUCCAGCAGGAUUUUCAUUUGGGAGGACGGGAGUCUGGAGAUCCGAAACGUUACCAAGUCAGAUGAAGGGAAGUACACAUGCUUUGCUGAGAACGACCGAGGCAAAGCCAACAGCACUGGAUCUCUCUCAGUCACAGAUGCCACUAAGAUCACGCUGGCUCCCUCUAACGCUGAUGUGAGCGUGGGCGAAAACGCUAGGAUGCAGUGUGCGGCGUCACAUGACUCGAGCCUUGACAUCACCUUCAUCUGGUCACUUAACGGCCAUGCCAUUGACAAGGAGGAAGAGUACUACCAGUACACCAUUGAUAGUCAGGCAGGUAUGUCUAGCUGUGAGCUGUUAAUUAAGAAAACUCAGCUGAAGCAUGCAGGCCUGUACACCUGCAUGGCCCAGACACCUGUGGACAACGUCACCGUCUCUGCUGACCUGGUAGUGAGAGGGCCUCCGGGAGCUCCAGGAGGAGUGCGUGUGGAGGAGGUUUUGGCAAAGUCUGUGAAGCUUUUCUGGAGUCAUGGCACAGAUAAUCUCAGCCCCAUAUCCAAAUACACCAUCCAAUACAGAGAGACCAGAACUGAGGAGGAAUGGAAAGAUGCUGUAACCUCUCCUCGCAAUGUAGAAGGAAAUGCAGAGAUGGCCAUGGUAGUUGAUCUGCAUCCUUGGACUGAAUAUGAGUUUCGGGUCAUCGCUACGAACACUCUGGGUACAGGAGAACCGAGUGAGCCUUCAAGCAAAACCAUCACAAAGGAAGCAGCUCCUGUGGUGGCACCCUCAGAUGUAGGAGGAGGUGGGGGAACAAGUAGAGAGCUCACCAUCACAUGGACGCCUGUUCAGCCACAAUACUACUAUGGCAAGAACUUUGGCUACAUUAUCGCAUUUAAGCCUCAUAAUGACACUCAGUGGCAUAGAGUGACCAUAGCUGACCCUCGUGCCAAUCACUACAUCCACAAAGACCCCUCUACUCCCCCUGCCACAAAGUUUGAUGUGAAAGUAAAGGCCUUCAACAGUGCAGGAGAGGGACCCUACAGUCUCACUGCAGUUGUAUACUCUGCUCAAGAUGCACCCUCAGAGGCUCCCAUCAUUGUAGAGGCCAGAACCCUGUCAGCGACGGAGGCCAUUGUGUGGUGGCAAACACUCACGCAGCAGACAGUUGAGGGCUAUCAGGUGAGGUACUGGAGGAAGUCUGUGGAGAACGAGGCGUCAGCACAUCGCAUCUCCAGCAGAGAGAACCAGACACGCCUGGACAACAUGAAGCCUAACUCCCAUUAUGUUAUAGAAGUGCGUGCGUUCAAUGGUGCAGGUUAUGGACCGGCGAGCCAGAGAUAUGAGAUCCACACAAAGAAAGCACCUCCAAGUCGGCCACCAAAAAUAAUCGGCACAAGGGUGAAUUCCAGUGGAACCGUAGUCAAUAUCGCCUGGCAGCAUGUGGAGGCUUUAGCCAAUGAGUCUGCUGUGGAGAGCUAUAAGGUUCUGUAUAGACAGGAGGGUCACAGCACUGGGACACUGUACACUACAAGUAAGCAGUCCAUAGACCUGCCCAUUCACAAAGAUGGAGAUUACCUGGUGGAGGUGAGGGCACAAAGCAAGGGAGGUGAUGGCGCUUUGGCUCGAGUGCGCAUCUCAGACCAGCUCAGCGUUAGACCGGCUGGAGGGGCCUUGUCAGUUCCAUCCCUGAGUCUCUGUGUCCUGCUGCUGGUGGCAUUGCUCAGCCUGACUCUCUGAAUGUAGCGCUGUCACUCCUCUGCCUUCACUCCCCACAGUGAAGAGGACUCUCACUGGAUGACGCCUUACAGGACUCUUAUUCUACAAAUUCCUAUGCUCAACAAUGAAUAUUCCCAACCUGGACUGAGCUAUUUUGGAAGAAAAGACAAUACAGAAAUAUAGAAAGGACGAGGAUGUAACGGAUUGUCUUAUUCAGUAUCGACUUAACCAUGAAGCAGCGUCAAAGGAGUUCUCUCUUGUUCUCUCAGUAUGCCUUAUAAUAAUAUCUCUUACCCUGCUCGUGGCUGCUUGUGGGUAGAGUGACAUCUGUAUUUCACAAUUUACAGCACAAACAUCAAAAGGCUGUUUCAGCUUUAAUUUGAAUUGAAUCGGUUGCUCAUUCUGUAGCACCAACAAUCCUCUCAACUGAAUUCAUAAUUUGGUUUCUGCAGUGUGCUCUGUACCCGCAACUGACAUUUGAUGAGUGAUCGGCGUACGAGUGUCCGAUAGUUAGAUUAGUUUGCAAAUCAGUGGAGCUCUCUUUUUUUUUUCCAUUUCUGAGCUAAUGCUUUCCUUGAUGGAUACAGUCAAAGCAAACUCCUCUGCUACUCCGACUCAAUACAAACUAAAGAAAGUUACGCAGAAUAGAAAAUAUAGCAAUUUUAUUUCAAGCUAGUAUAUGUAUAUGCAAUAAUUUAUAAGCUAUCGAUUUCUUAAUAUAUUUCAAGAUUUCUUUGGUCAUAUUAACAUAUCAUUAAUAGAAAGAUUAUUUUACUUUAAAUAUAUGGUUUCGAAGCCCUUAAAUAAAAGAAAAGGAACAUCGAGAAGUAAGAGAGAUGUGCGCUUAUAGCCUCUGUGGACUGAACGAGGAUCAUCGAGGGUUUAAAAAAAAAAUGUAAAUAUUGCUGAAAUCCUGUACUGAGGAGUAAUUGUGCUUGUAUGUGAACUGUAUGUGUAGGAUAAAUGUCCAAACCAUGGUUUUAAACCUAAACCAGAUGAUUAUGUUUGAGUGUGUGUACAUGUGCUUGUGAGUGAACUGUGGCAUGAAAAUCCACUGUGGCACGUCAUGGGCCAAAAUCUUACAGCACCUCUGGAUAAGGGUGUUGAUUCGGAAAAAUUAUCUCUAAUCGUCACUCAUAAUUUAUGAAACUCUGUCACUCCAUUAGUGCUAAACGGCUCUGCAGCAUUAGGACAACUUUUUGUUUUGACUGUAUCUUGGAAUUCUCGGUCAUUUUGAAACGGUUCAUCAAAAACAAAAACAAAUGAAUUAAUUAAAUAAAAACUUUUUUUUUUUUUUUUAACACAGGUUUCUUUUAACAUUGUGUCAUGUUCCAAGUAACAGUUGUAGGGCCUGGAACAAGGAGAAACUGGCUAGAAAUGCUAAUGUUAAUGCUAUUAAAAUUCGAGCCCUGAAACAUUUUUAAAAAAGAAAAGAAAAGAAAAAGCAUUCCACUCUGAAAUGAACAAUUUCUGAUGAGGGUUGUUGCUGAAUCAUUUCAACUGUUUUGUUUGUGUCAUAUGAGUCAAAUCACCCAUUGACUCUGUAGAUGGUGAUCGUAUUGGACGAGCAAAAAAUUUAUUGCUAAAUGCUUUUGUAACCUAUUGUCUUUUCACAUAUAACCCAUUAGAGAUACACCGACCUGUCCAGUUAUUAAUGUGUUUAAAAUUUGUUACCUUUAACUAAAAAAAUACAUUUCCAUUUUGACACAUUCAAAGUAAUUCCAUCUGACAAUAUUUUCUGAGAAGAAAAUCAUCACAUUAUGAUAAAUAGACCCUUUGUACUUCUAUGAGAACAGAAUAUCUUCAGUUUUUUUUUUUUAAUGUCCCAAGCUAAUUUAAUGUAAUUUCUUGUUUUUUCUUUUAUGUGGAACGUAUAUUGGAUGUUGACCUCUCAGAUGGACUGUCUGUGUGCAUUUUAGCCUUUGCUUCAUCAUUUUUGUAAUAUUCAGAGACCACCACAAAGUGCUUUCUCUUUCCCUGUUUACUUCAGGCAACAGCAUCAUCAAUGUAAAAAAGAAAAAGAAAAAAAAAGAAGCCAAAUGCAUGAAAGCCUUUAACUUAAUUAUUGCAAUCAACAAUUAUUUGGAGUGCUAUGGUACACUCUCAGAUGCAUGGUCUGGAAAUGAAUAGUUUAUUCCAGUUGCAUUAGAACGCCAUACUCAUUUGCGAUGAAGGUGACUCAUGUAACUCAGCUUCUUCUGAUCUGCCUCUGUCAGUCAAUAAAACGUGUGUUCAGGCUGAAUGACAGGUUGUGUAGAUGAAAUGUAACUCGUGAGUCAUUAUCUGCUUCAUUGAAGCCAUUCUUCUCAAUUAAAGUUUAUAAAGACAAA